AAUGCUAAAGGUAGGUCUGCGCGUUUAUUAGAAAAUGAGGCGUUGCAACUUUGCUGAAAACUACAUAUUUGAAACACUGUGGCCACCCCCUUACGCUGGCAUUUGGAUUACUGUCACGCUUUUCAUCGCUCGAACUCUGCUUUUUAGCGGGCAAACCUAAACCACCUAAACUGCGGCCGCCAGUACACAGCGCGUCAAGUCAUCCGUGUUUUACUGUCACUUCUAGGUUCGAAAUGGACGUUUACGAGAGAGAAUUUGGUGACCUGCUCCACUACAAGCCUAAGAUAACCGUCUACGAGCAGUUUGUCUUGCAAAACUUGCACAGAAUGCUGAGGCUGUACAAUUUUCUGCCUCGGAACAUAAUCAUGCUGAGAUUCGAAGAGCUGUGGCAAAGGCAUCUCCUCAGACACCCCGAGAUCAGGAAGACCCACGAAGAGGAACGCAAGAAUCCUAGGAAGUCGCGUAGGCCAAAUAGACAAAGAGCACCGAGAACACUAGGAAAAAACGCCCUUCGUACACGGGUUUCUGACGAUGUCGACCUGUACACAUCUCCCGCACCCAAGUCCAAGGCAAGCCGAAAAAGAUGGUCCACCAAACAGGAAAAACGAUCCAGUCCCAAGGCAAGUAGAGCGAGGUGCUAUCCGCCGCUGAAGAUUAAGACGUUGAAGAGGACGUUGCCAGUUCCCAAGGAGAACCAUGCCACACCAUCGACAAUGCUUGCUCCGCGAGAAAGAAGCAGACAUUUCCUUCCCUGUACAAGGUCUCCAGCGCACGCAGCCGACAACGAACUUGGCGGGGCAGUCUUGGUUCAAACAAACUCAAAUGCGAAGUCGUGCGAAGACGACGACGAAUGUCUCAGCGAUUCGGCUGCCAUGGAACAAAACACCGUUCUCCAGAAACCCAUCGAAAAUGAAGAGAAGAGUCUGCCCUUGCCGAGAAACGAUCCAAAUAUAGGAAUCCGAAACUCUUCUAUACCUAAUACAAGAUGCCCACCAAGAACCCCUUUGGCAAAUGCCGCUGCCGAACGGGAAGACGCUGCCACGGCGGAGGAAGCCAUCGAAAUGGGCCGGAUGGGGACGCCAAGCAACCGCAACAAACACGAGAGAGAGAUUAAGACAGUGCUAUUUUCGGAACCAAUGUCCCUGUGCAGUAGUGUCAGCCACGAAGAGAUAUAUGUGCGGGACAGUGCACCCGCGGAAAUGUCGGCUGCCACAGAAGACGUCUUCGAAGAACUGGUGAACCAAUUGACGAGUCCCAUUGCUGCACGCGAGAAAGGGAAGACUUCGAUGCUACUCUCGGAACCAAUGUCUUUGUGCGAUAGCAUCGUCCUGGGAGAGAACAGUGCACGGAGCUUUAUGUCUAUAAAGGAUGCCUGCGACAGACCAGUAGAUCCUUCGGCCUCAAAAGAACGGAAAUCGUUUCAGCGCAAGCUGUCGCUGACAAGGAAGAGUGAGCCUUUGCAGUCAAGUGUUACAAACGAAGAUGCUAUGCAUGCUAGACCGAUCAGCAAAAAGAUGCAAUUGAGAGCUGAUGAAGAGCUCAAGAUUUGUCCGGUGCACGAGAUUCAGCGGGGUGAAAAGCAGAUUCUAUACGAACCACCGCAAAGAUUCGGAGAUGCCGCGAGUGAGACGGCAACACAGAACAGGCAGAUUGCGGAGACUCGUGCUGAGAAACAGCCAGUCGGGUCUGAGAAGGAACAACACCUUUUAGGCACGAUUCAACAGUCGCGAUUCGUCCAUAACAAGCUGGAAAUACGGCCAGCUGCUGCAAAGCGCUCGGAUGGAAAACACCAGAUCUCCCCUCCAAACGGAAUGUCGGGGCUGGCGGAUAUCGUGCGCUCAGCACGACCCCGAAAAUUUGAGCACUGCAAAGUCUCGCAAGGAAGCGAGCCAUCCGAAACGGACGACACCGCGGAUGCGGCCACAAGCCGAGAUCAAUGCAAUGCGUCAAGAGUUGUGGGAAAACUAUCAGCAGUCAAGCAGACCGUUCGACAAAAAGUUCACAGCUCUAGAAAGACAGAAGGUCGUGAAACGACAGUAAUACUGCCAGGUCCAGAGAGCAGAGAAGCGACUGAGGGACAAUCUGAGAAGCUGGAUUCGGCAUGCAUCAAAGAAUCAUCAACGUUGAACUUCUGCCAUGCAGAAGCGGAAAGCGAGGGCAGCUGUUGGCCAGAAAGGACUUGGAAAAGCGCACACGCGGAGGACUGCAAAACUCCCAGGGCUGAGGUAACAGACGGUCCUUCACUUUCAAAAGGCAGAGAUGGCGCAGCAUCUCCGGAGUUUGCGCACAAUCCGUACGCAAAGUCAAUUGCCAUGGACCAAGCUGGGCACAAAAAGACAAAAAUGCCAAAAAGAAAAGAGCUACCAUCCAAAUACUUCCAGGCAGAUCCUAUUCCAGGCACCGAACACCCAGCCCCUCCACUGCAGUGGAAGAUGAAAUGGAAGGACACCACCGAGCGAAAGAAGACGAAAUGUACACCCGGAGCUGGGGUGGCAGACGUCCACGAUGACCGGGAAAGUCCGUGGGACGACUCUGGGCAGGACGACAAACUGUUCCCUUUCAUAACCAAACGAAGGCGUAUAGACAAACGAAAAGGGGGCAAAAAAGCGACGGACAAAGAGAGACAAGACAAAAAGACGCCAAACGAAGAGCGACCUGGCAGAAGACAGCUGCUCGAGGACAAGAUUGCAGACGUAGACCUCGUCGGAGGAGUAUGCAACGAAAAAGAAAUGGUACGACCCAUUGCAAGAGACGUCGGAAAGAAAAAGCACGAUAAGAACCAUGUUGAUAACGUGCCCGAUGAAGGCAGGCAUUGCAAAAAGAAGCCAGACGAAGAGCGACUUGGCAGAAGGCAGCUGCUUGAGGACAAGAUUGCAGACGUAGACCUCGGAGGAGGAGUAUGCAACGAAAAAGGAACGGUACGACCCAUUGCAAAAGACAUCGGAAAGAAAAAACACGAUAAGAACCAUGUUGAUAACGUACCCGACGAAGGCAGGCAUUGCAAAAAGAAGCCAGACGAAGAGCAACCUGGCAGAAGACAGCUGCUCGAGGACAAGAUUGCAGACGUAGACCUCAUCGGAGGUGUAUGCAACGAAAAAGAAGCGGUACGACCCAUUGCAAAAGACGUCGGAAAGAAAAAACACGAUAAGAACCAUGUUGAUAAUGUGCCCGACGAAGGCAGGCAUUGCAAAAAGAAGUCAGCCGAAGAGCGACCUGGCAGAAGGCAGCUGCUCGAGGACAAGAUUGCAGACGUAGACCUCGGAGGAGGAGUAUGCAACGAAAAAGGAACAGUACGACCCAUUGCAAAAGACGUCGGAAAGAAAAAUCACGAUAAGAACCAUGUUGAUAACGUGCCCUACGAAGGCAGGCAUUGCAAAAAGAUGCCAGACGAAGAACGACCUGGCAGAAGACAGCUGCUCGAGGACAAGAUUGCAGACGUAGACCUCGGAGGAGGAGUAUGCAACGAAAAAGGAACGGUACGACCCAUUGCAAAAGACGUCGGAAAGAAAAAUCACGCUAAGAACCAUGUUGAUAACGUGCCCAACGAAGGCAGGCAUUGCAAAAAGAUGCCAGACGAAGAACGACCUGGCAGAAGACAGCUGCUGAAGGACAAGAUUGCAGAUAUAGACCUCGGAGGAGGAGUAUGCAACGAAAAAGGAAUGGUACGACCCAUUGCAAAAGACGUCGGAAAGAAAAAACACGAUAAGAACCAUGUUGAUAACGUGCCCGACGAAGGCAGGCAGUGCAAAAAGAAGCCAGACGAAGAGCGACCUGGCAGAAGACAGCUGCUCGAGGACAAGAUUGCAGACGUGGACCUCGUCGGAAGAGUAUGCAACGAAAAAGGAACGGUACGACCCAUUGCAAAAGACGUCGGAAAGAAAAAAUACAAUAAGAACCAUGUUGAUAACGUGCCCGACGAAGGCAGGCAUUGCAAAAAGAAGCCAGACGAAGAGCAACCUGGCAGAAGACAGCUGCUCGAGGACAAGAUUGCAGACGUAGACCUCGGAGGAGGAGUAUGCAACGAAAAAGGAACGGUACGACCCAUUGCAAAAGACGUCGGAAAGAAAAAUCACGCUAAGAACCAUGUUGAUAACGUGCCCAACGAAGGCAGGCAUUGCAAAAAGAUGCCAGACGAAGAACGACCUGGCAGAAGACAGCUGCUGAAGGACAAGAUUGCAGAUAUAGACCUCGGAGGAGGAGUAUGCAACGAAAAAGGAAUGGUACGACCCAUUGCAAAAGACGUCGGAAAGAAAAAACACGAUAAGAACCAUGUUGAUAACGUGCCCAACGAAGGCAGGCAGUGCAAAAAGAAGCCAGACGAAGAGCGACCUGGCAGAAGACAGCUGCUCGAGGACAAGAUUGCAGACGUGGACCUCGUCGGAAGAGUAUGCAACGAAAAAGGAACAGUACGGCCCAUUGCAAAAGACGUCGGAAAGAAAAAAUACAAUAAGAACCAUGUUGAUAACGUGCCCGACGAAGGCAGGCAUUGCAAAAAGAAGCCAGACGAGGCGCGAAGCGACGAAAAAGGCGUCGACAAAACUGGGUGCUUCGAGAGGCAGAUGACGGAAAAAAGCCAAUGGAUUUCCGCCAAACAGAAUCGGGCGGACAAGCAGACAGAGAAGCACUCUAAGAAAACUGCAUCGCUUCAGAGCGUUUCCAUUGCGAAAAAGCUUGUGAGUGAAACACCUGGCAAAUCAAAGUACGGCAAAAAGCAGCAAGGCGAAGGAAGGUCCAGCGACGAAGAGCCAGAUAAAACGCAACAAGCAGAAAGGAAACCGUCCAGAGGAGUCCUACAGCAAAUCAAAUACCAUAGAGAGGAAAAUGGCAGAAAGAGGCCGUUUCAAGCGGUAUCUGAAGAAAGUUCGGUCCAUGAAAGGAGUCACCACGAGAAGCACCAAGGUGAUGGAAAGUCUGACAGGAUGCACAAAAAGAAGGUACCACUGGAAAAGGAAGCCAGUAAAGCAGAUCAAGGAAAGGAAAACCGUAAACAGGUCGUCACAGAAGUCCCCAAUGAAAAGAAACAAGACGAGUGCAGGUCAGGCAAAGAGGGACACAAUAAAAAGGAACAAAAGAUAACGAAACCAAUCAAGAAAGCAAGAGACCGAAACCGAAAGGAAGCAGACUCCUUUUUGCUUUCAUUCGAAGAGGAAGUAAAUCGGGACUCGACUUACUUUCCCGACGAACUCGAACUCGAAGAACUGUCCAACGAAAUUGACGAUGACGACUUCUUGAGUGACGAAGGUCCCAACGAAAACAUCCUCGGCAAAGAAAACCAUAUCUUCGGAGGAGGGGACGAAAAGACUGCGACCGGCGACGCUCGUUUCGUCCCGUUUUCGCUUGAGUCGGACGAAGACGGCGACCGACCAAAAGAAGAUGCGGAUGAGGCUUCGAAUUUCUUCAGUUGCAGUUUGCAAAAGAAGCAAAAGCUGUCGCUCAGCUUCUCACAAAGGUCCUCAGACUCCGAGGAACUCUUCACAUGGCCAGUGGGAGACCAACCAAAGGCAAAGCCCAAGAAAUCGGUGCAGUUCACAGAUCCAGGGUUCCAAGUACCAUCCCCGACGAACGAUGACGCAGAAAGUUUCGACACGUGUGAAUCUGGCUCAAGAGCAACGACUCCUCCCUGUACUCCGUGGAAGGACAUCGCCACCAGAAGCGUGACAUUUCCAGAUCCGACGUCUCCGGAUCGGACAGACAUGUAUGGCAACGAAAUCGUGGAAGAGCUUCGACGCAAUUUCGAAAAACACCGAGCCAUCUUGGCAGCAAAAUGUGUACCGGACGUGAAUGAACCGUCGCAAGGCUGGUCGGGAUCGGACGACUACCCGAUCUUACUGUCACGAGAUCGACCAGAGUUCUUUGGUUCUUCGCCCGAGGAUUCCCCGAAAUUUGACGUAUAGACCUCGAGAAAAGGCGACAAUAACUUAAUAGCCUUUUUAUCGAUGAUGCUUGCCCAGUCUUCAGGGAGCGUUUGAAGAGUUCAAAAGCCGAGAAAGUUCCGGUUGUUUGUUCCGUUCAAGUACAAUGUUUGUAUGUUCAAACAUUGAACGACAAUGUUUGUUCUGUUCAAGUACAAAUUUUAUACUGUAAAUGCAACCGGUUGGUUUGCACCUGUGUUAAGCUUAUUGAUACAUUUGUGUUGGUUUUAUUUCAAUAAAAAAAAAUGUGUGUGAA